AUUCGAGCAAGCCGCUUGAGAGUGGUUUAGUCGUCGUUGGUCUGCCGUCGAGUAGGGGCAGCUACUGGCGCGACAUCUGUACAGUUAUACGAAGAGACGUGCGGUCGCGAUAGGAACGAAAGUAGACGACGGAAGGAGUCGUCCGAAUCUCACGUUGCGUUAAGAGUAUUCCGUUAUCUUUUAUUCGUACGGAAUAAAAUUUCGUUCUUAUACGUACGUAUGGCGAGCGAGUUCGUUUUCGGCGUUAUACUCGGUCACGCUCGAUAUCGCAAAGGGAACGUUCGAUAUAUACGAAAAUCUAUAGAAAGUUGAACCUUUUGUUUCUUUUCUCUUUUACUUUUUUUUUCUUUUUUUUUUCUUUUAUUUGUUUUUUUUUCUCUCUCUCUUUUUAAUGUGUAGAUUCGACAAGGUAUAAUACGUAAUAUUUCGUGACGGGAUUUUUUCGUCGAUACGCGAUAAUUUCCUCGGUCAUCAAGAGAAAGGGAAUAAUAAAAGAAAACGGGGCGGAUUCUUUGUAUCGAAAAUUUUGGAAAGAAAAGGACCGAUUGAACUUUUAAAGGAGUGAGAUAGGAACAUUCAACUUGGUAAGAAAGCCUUUGUGGAAAAGGAGAAGAAGGAGAAGGAGAAGGAGGAGGAGGAGUAGGAGGAGGAAAGUGUGCUGGAGAAGAUCAUGAUAGACCAUUAUACUGUGAGACGCCAUGACAAAAAAAUGGAUUUUGCACUAAUUGUCUACAACGCUGCAAGAGACGGUUGCCUGCAUCGCCUCAGGCGAUUGUUGGAGCGCCGGGAUAAACAUGAGGUAGAAGUAUUAGUCAGCACUACGACCCAUGGGGCUACACCGUUGGUUAUGGCCUGUAGAAAUGGGCACUACGAUGUAGCAGAAUAUCUCAUAGUAAAAUGUGGGGCAGACAUAGAACAACCCGGCUCAGUUGUUUUUGAUGGCGAAACCAUAGAAGGUGCGCCACCGUUGUGGUGUGCAGCAGCGGCCGGUCACAUCGAACUAGUGAAAUUGCUAGUGCAACGAGGGGCGAACGUAAAUUCGACGACGAAAACAAAUUCGACGCCAUUAAGGGCUGCUUGUUUUGAUGGACAUUAUGAAAUUAUUAGAUUCUUGGUCAAGAAUGGUGCAGACAUAGAAAUGGCGAAUCGUCAUGGGCACACGUGUUUGAUGAUAGCAUGCUACAGAGGCCAUAUCGACAUUGUUAAGUUACUAUUAGCUUGGAACGCAGAUGUCAAUAGGAAAUCAGUCAGAGGUAACACUGCGUUACACGAUUGUGCAGAAAGUGGAUCCUUAGAAAUCCUUAAAUUGCUCGUUCAACACGGUGCUCAAAUGGACGUUGAUUCUUUUGGUAUGACACCACUUCUGGCAGCAGCGGUAACAGGCAACACCGAUAUCGUGGAAUAUCUAAUUGGAAUUCCUGAAAUAAUAAAACGCGAGGAACGCAUAGAUGCAUUGGAACUUUUAGGUGCAACGUAUGUCGAUAAGAGAAGGGACAUGGUCGGUGCUCUUAAUUUUUGGAAACGCGCCAUGGACGAUAGAUAUCAAAGCGACGUUGUAAUAUCAAAACCAUCGCCUCUACCCUUAAUAGCGGCCUAUGACUUUGCUCAAGAAAUAUGCGAACCAGAACAACUGGAUGAGCUAUUGGCAGACCCAGACGAAAUGCGUAUGCAGGCAUUAGUAAUUAGAGAAAGAAUUCUGGGUCCGGCACAUCCAGAUACAAGUUACUAUAUUCGCUACAGAGGAGCGGUCUAUGCCGAUGCAGGAAAAUUUGAUCGAUGCAUAGAACUAUGGAAUUAUGCAUUGGAUAUGCAACAGGGGAUGCUUGAGCCAUUAAAUCCGAUGACACAGAGUUCCUUCUUUAGUUUUGCCGAACUCUUCAGCUUCAUGAUCGGCGAGGAAGGUAGACAAACUAGUAGAGGAAGGAGAGUACCUCCUGUUGACAGACAAGAGAUACUUCGAAUUUUUUUAAAGGCUAUAGAAGAAGUUAGAUUGGGGAAACAAUUGUUAGAUAAAAUUCCACUUAGAGAUCGCGACGUCACAUCUUUAAACAGAAUUUUAUUAAUAACCUUGCAUCUAGCUUGUUUGAUGACGCGCGACAUGCCCGCAGAAGGUACAUACGAGUAUGUGGCCAUACAUAAAGCUAUUUACGACUUGGUUCGAAUCAACGCAAAGGGCAAAGAGGAUCGCGACGCCUUACAAUUAAUACAUAGCGACGACGUAGCUUUGGUAGGAAGGUAUCCGGUCUGCAAAUUUCAUUCGCCUCACUUGACUACAGCUUUAUUGAAAGUUGGGGCUGAUGUUAACUCGAGGGAUAGGAAUGGAAACACUGCUUUACAUUGGGUGGCCAUGUCGUUACCUUGGCGUCCAGACCUUGCCGUAGCGCUUCUCGAUGCAAAUGCUCAUAUCGAUACCGUUAAUAGAGAUAAGAAAACCUUCAAAAGUUUAUUACGCAACAAACAAAACUAUUACUCUAUCAGCCCGUUAAAAUACAUCACGUUGUCGUGCUUAGCGGCUAAAGUAAUUAGAAGGUGGUGUAACGACGAAAAAAUUGACGAAGUCGUGCCCGGACACUUGCAAGAGUUUGUUAAAAUGCAUUAACAAAAACAAAUACGAAAGAACGAGCUAUUUGUUAUUAAUGAGAUAUUGCGAAGUUCUACUCUUCGCUUUAUCAUUUUUGUCUAAUGACGUUUUGUUUUUAUCUUUCUUUCUUUCUUCCUUCCUGUUUCUUUUUUUCUUUUCUUUACUUUUCCUUUUUUCUUUCUAUUUUGCGAUACUCUUAAUAAUCCGAAUUAAACGAACGUUGAUUAAAAGAUCAAAAAGCGAAAUAGAAAUGUCUAAUGCAUGAUUGAUGAUAAAAGAAAAUGAUUGUAUUUUAACAACAACUCUCGUGAAGUAUUUUUCAAGUGGCGAAAAUUUAUGAAGCAUUGCAUGACGACAGUAAAAAAUAAAAAGCGAAAACUGUAAAAAAAAAAAAAAAAAAGAAAAAAAAGAAAAAGAAAAAAAAUGGAAGAAAAAAAGAAACAGAAAGCACGAUAUGACCGCAGAUGUAUGCAGUCAAGUGUAUGACGUGUGCAGCGUGAUGAUAAAUACGAACUCGUGAUGUUUGUGUAGUAAUUCUGAUUUAUUUCUUUUCUUUUUCUAUUUUAUACUAUUCUAUUCUAUUCUAUUCUAUUCUAUUCUAUUCUAUUUUUUUUUGUAUCUAAAGAGCGUUCGUAAAUUCUUCGAAUUAAUGGCUGAAGAUCAGCGGAGAUAAUAAUUAAUAAAGAUUCGAAGAUAAUGUGUUCGAUUAAAGUAUUACGCUUGUCGACUUUAGUGUUGCCAUCCAUGAAUAUUUUUGCCAAGAAUCGAUCGUCGUGCUUCAUAAAAAUUGAUACGAGCUUAAAAACAAAUUUUUAAACGUCUUUUUCCAAGUUGAAGGAUCUCUCUUUGGUAUUAAUAUUAUUGACUAUAUUAACAGAACUAUAUUAAAAUAUGGAAUAACACGAAAGUCAUUAAAUAAGAAAUAUUGUGACCAUUGAUUAAAAGAGAUAUUCGAUUUUCGCAACGUGAUAUAAACUUGGCAAAAGGCCUUUUCACCCUACUCCCCCACCCCCCGCCCUUAUACAUAAAACCCCGCGGUAAUAAUAAUAAAAAAAAAAAAAAAAAAAAAAAAAAAAAAAAAAAAAAAAAAAAAAAAAAAGGAGAAAAAGAAAUAUAUAAGAAAAAAAAAAAGCCAUAACUUUUAGGAAAACACCGCAUUGAUGAUAUAUGAAUAUUUUAGCGAUAACGUGAUAAACGUAAUAAUAUUAAAUUAAACUUGUGUACUCUUAGAAAAAAAGAAAAAUGAAUUUUUACCAUCAGUAAUGUAUAAAACGAAAAAUAAAUAUAUGCAGGAUCAGAAAAUUUCUAAUAUACACGCAUUUUUCCAUGUUGGACACAUCGGCGGGAAAUAAUAUUGAUUAAAAAGAAAAGAAAAGAAAAGAAAAGGAAAAAAAAGGAAUAGAGUCACGUCGUUGAUUACGCACAAAAAUUUUUCGAAUGAUUUGUAAAAAAAA